GUGUCUACUGAGACAGUACUCAUUCCACAAAAUGGCUGCGAAUAAGACAGGUGACUGCCUGGAGAUGGAUAACACCCUGCAAAAGUAUUAUCUUUCUACCAUGUAUACCAUUGAGUUCAUUUUUGGCAUUAUUGGAAACAGCAUUGUUGUGUUUGGCUACAUAUUCUGCCUGAAAGUUUGGAAAAGUGGCAAUAUUUACUUGUUUAACUUAUCACUAUCAGACUUUGUAUUUCUGUGCACACUUCCAAUGUUGGUGACAAGCUACUCCAAAGGAAAGUGGACAUAUGGGAACAUUUUGUGCCAAAGCAACAGGUUCAUGCUGCAUGUAAACCUAUACACAAGCAUCCUUUUCCUUACCUUUAUCAGCAUUGAUCGUUAUAUGCUCAUGCAAUAUCCUUUCAGAGACCAUUUUCUACAGAAGAGGAAGAUAGCUGUUGUUUUCUCUGUUGCCAUAUGGAUCCUUGUUAUACUUGAACUGUUGCCAAUAAUCACCUUCAUAGGAUCUAGAAAUACUGCCAAUGAUAACCAAUGUAUCGAUUAUGCAAGUUCUGGAGAUCCAGCAAAAAACCUGAUCUAUAGCAUGUGCCUGACUCUUCUGGGGUUUGUAAUCCCUCUGAGUGUUAUGUGCUUCUUUUACGUGAAGAUGGUUCUCUUUCUUAAGAAACGUAGUGAGCAGCUCACAGCUGCUCAGGCCCUUGAGAAACCUCUUACUUUAGUCAUCAUGGCACUGGUUAUCUUUUCACUGUUCUUUACCCCAUAUCACAUAAUGCGCAAUGUGAGGAUUGCCUCCCGAAUGGAAUCCUGGAAGCUAUCCCUGUGCACACGGAACAUCAUCAACACCAUUUAUAUUAUCACAAGGCCUAUUGCAUUUUUAAAUAGCGUAAUUAACCCUAUCUUUUAUUUCUUAAUGGGUGAUCACUUCAGGGAGAUGCUGAUGACUAAAGUAAGACAACUCUUAAAAAGGUUUACACCCACAGCAAAUGAGGCGACGACAAAGUACUCUGACACAGGAACACACUGAGAAAUAAAGGACCCUGGUUUAUGGGACAGCUUUUAUUGCUGAAUAUCGAGGCUUAUGUAGCUAGCUUUAUUUAGGCUUGGUUAGUACAUACACAAUGAUGCCAUUACUAAGCAACUGCAUAAUAGACCUGAUCUUGCUAUCUUUAUUCAGGCAAAACUCUCACUGGCUUCAAUAGCUGGUUAUAUUAACAAGAGUCACAGGACUGGACUAAGUAUUGCUAUAUGAUAGAAGAAUAUAAUAUUUAUGCACUUGUCUGUUUUAACUAGGGUUACCAGAUAGCAACUGUGAAAAAAUGGGACAGGGGGUGGAGGGUAAUAGGCUCCUAUAUAAGAAAAAGUCCCCAAAAACGGGACUGUCCCUUUAAAAAUGGGACAUCUGGUCACCUUAGUUUUAACUUAAUGGAAAUCUAAUGUCCUGAUGGUGUCUGUCAGAGGGCAGAGACUAUAUGCAGUGGUGUUGUAGCUGUGUCGGUCCCAAGAAAUUAAAGACAAGUUGGGUGAGGACAGAGACUAUCCUUUCAGCUGGCCUGGCAGACUGACAUACUGACAGAGGGUUGACCUUAGGCACCUGUGACAUGUGUAGCAGCACUAGACCCCACACUCAACAUUCACCCCAUGGCCCUUUCUUUGUUCUUGUUUCACAUUGUUUCUGUGUGGCUGGAGACCAUUCACCUUUUACAGUAAGUGGCUGAGCCAUUUUCAAUUCUUGGUUGAACUGGUGGGGGGGAAAGGGGAGUUGGUGCAUCCCAGGAUGGGCUCAAUAGUUUUAUAAUAAAUUAUCGUAUGUGUGUGUUGUUAUUUGUUGAAUAACUGAAAAAUGGUGAACCUUGCUUGCUUUUGGAGCCCAGGUAUUAUCUGAUACCUGACUUGGGCUAGAGAAGUCCAAAUCUCAAGCCAGACUUCACUUCAAUGCACUCCACGGGAUGAUGAAGUACUGUACAUAAAAAUAUGGUUCAUGUUAGGAACGAAAUGGCCUGAUUUGGGAUAUGGCAUCUAGCUGUUGAUAGUUGUGGACCCAUAAAGCACUGGGGCUUUAAGAGUUGUUAUGCAAGAUGAGUUAAAUCCUUAUUGUAUUAUUCCUCAGGUGACAUUCCAAUAAGUAAGCAUGUCAACGUAUGGCCCAAAGUUUGUUUUAUUUUGUCAUUUGAUAUAGUUUGUGUAUUUUUUUAAU